AAGUUUAACAGUAUUUCCCUAAAUAUGGAUAAAAUGUGGAGCUAGGAAUAGCUCUAAAAUUAGAUUUUCUUUUUUCUUUCUAUAAGAAUACAAGAGCUGAAUUUUUUUGCCGAGAGUUUCAUUCUACAUUAAUAGUGUUCCUGCCUGCAAGUUAUUUCUGAACUCUUCCUGGUCGGUAGGAAAUGAUAAAGAAUCAAAAAUGAUUUAUGGAUAAAAUAUCAGUUAUAUUAUUUGAUUUGAAGUUAGCACAAUGAAUGCCAUAAUUCGUUUAAUUUGAAUCCUUUGGACUAAACAAUCUAAAGAUGCGUAUACAAAUGUACAUGUGCAUCUAAUCGCUGUUAUCCAAAGACCUACAUCAUGUCCUCCGGGGGAGCAAGACCUAAAAAGAGUUCUCAUAGAUACCCAUCGUCUGUAGAUCGUUCCGUUCUUCCUGAUGAACUUCAGAACAAUUUCUAUCCUGAUGUCUUACUUAUUUAUUCGCAAGAAGAUGAAAAACUUGCACAAUCAUUCCUUACUGAAACCCGAAACAAAAUGAAGGAUCAUAAUUACAUUGUUGCUGGUUAUUUAGACAAACAGGUAUGGGUGAACCAUGCAGAUGGACUUCCGGACUAUAAAAGAUGUUCUGCUUUUAUGUAUUUAUUCACAGGGAAGAAAUCUGUGAAGUACUAUCUCGAGGUAACAAAACAUGGUCAUCUAGGAGAUCUUUUGUACGAGGAAAAAUUCAUACCAGUGUUAACAGAACCCGAGGGAGACUUGGAUCUCCCAAUGUCCGCUACUGUUUCCUGUCCUCUGAGGUUCUAUAAACAACAGACGUCAGAUUGGGCGCCCGCUAUUAAAGAGUUUCUAAAGAAACACGCAAAAAUCCGAAAAGAAAAGGAGAGGGAACAUAAGAAAAAGGAACAGGCUUUUCUGGACAGUAUAGAGACUGAUGCACCCGUAACAUUCACAAAUGAACCAACGAUUAUACUAAAGUCUAAGUUUACCAUUAUUGGAGACGGUGGCAAUAUCACAAUGAAUAAAUAUUCACGUGACGAGAAGGAGCCCUCCAUGUCACAACAAUACCAGAAUGAAUUUCAUGGUAAUCCUUUAAAGAAAGGAGAAAGUAUUGGGUCUCCGGAGGUUGUCGAUGAAUUAGGACCACAAAUACGGGACUCAAGAGGCAGCAGCCAAACGCCUUGGCACUUACCGGUGUCUUUUGAAGGCAAACAUAACAGCUAUCAAAGCUUUCAAAAUAGAUCAAGCACUCAAGUUGAAGACUUUUCUCUUAGACGCGAAGCCACAUUAAAUGAUAGGCCGUUAUCGGGUAGUUUGAAUGACGUUGCUUCGAAUGAGAUGAAACAGUGCUCACCUACAUGUAACAAUCGUCCAGUUGCAAGAGAAAUUCCUACGGAGGCGUCUUUUCCAGACCUCCCAUCUAUUAGCAGCAUGGCGAGUCAAAAGCCGAGCAACAGUGACGUCUAUAGGAGCAGAGGCGCUCCGAUCGAAUGCGAAAAUCGCCCGAGUCCUAAAGAAGUUUGUUGUACAAUGUUUUCGUUUUCUAACAUUCCUGACUCGUAUGGACCACCAUCGGAGACCAACAUCCCAAUACCCAAUCAACAAAAACGACAUACCCAUGCGGAAUGCGUGGAAAACAUAGCAUCACAUGAUUCUUUGCAAUCCGUUUUGCCAGGAGAGGGGUUGAGUCUUGGUUCAUUGCAGGACAGUGAUUGAUAUCGGUCUACUGUAUUGAAUAAGGACUACAUACAUGGUAUUUACAUAAUUCUCCAAAAGUGGAUGACAGUUCUAGUCGAAUCUCAUUUUCAGUUAUUCAGAGGGUUUCGUUGAGCCAUUUGAUUCACCCCUCCCCUUAAAAAAACCAAAAGAGAUGUAUAUACCGAUAGACAAGAAUUUCUCUUUGGUGACUGGAAUAGACAAUAACUUAUGAGUUACAUGUUAUACGUUGGGACAAAAAAUGCGAGAAAAAGGUAGAGGGUCGUCAGCAAAAGUUUUACUUGAUCAAGAUUAUUUACUUUAUUACAGUUGAUACAAUAUUUAUUCAAUGAUCAACCAAUAUGUCAGUGUCCGUUUGAAACGAGAUACAGGAUACAGAGCCUCCAAUACCCGACAAUGGUACCAUGCUUUUGUUGAAAAUUAGAUUGCAAAGUGAAAUUUAUUACUAGAUGAAAUUUACAUACACUAGAGUUGUGAGCUGUACAUAUCUUUUAUAAAUCUAUAUAUAUAUAUAUGAUUUGGGUUAAUCAUCAGAAAAACCUUGUGGAAACAUUGUAAUACAAUAAAAUUUUCUGUUAUAAUGGUGUCAGUGCCCCUUUAACCUUGUAUGAUUUAUGCUCGCACAAACAAAGAUGUAUCAAAAGUCAGAAAUGAGAUUUUUCAAUUUGACGAUUAACGGAUAUAAUUUUAUUUGAUGAACGAUUUGACUGAGCGAUAGUUGAUUUCUUAAAUUAUACAAAAUAUGCUUGCUAAACACAAAUGGCCCCUAAACCUUGCUAAAUUUUGUCAAAUUGUUCAUAGACAUGCAUUUUUGUAAUAUCUUUUUAAUAUUGAGAUAUUACACUAUGUGAUAAAAAUUAUAUCUACUAUUUUCGUUUUUACAUUUGGUUAUCGACAUAUAUUUAUGCAGUUGUAUUUGUACGUGCAUGUGAUGAGACGAUUGUACACAGUAAACAAAAAUAAUGGUU